AAAAAAAAACCUGUUGCUGUUUAAUUUUAUCGCAUUCUUUUCUUCUUUCUUGAGCAAUUAUCUCAUGAGAUUCUCAUGAAUAAAGAAAGAAGAAAAUAAGAAAUAUUAAAGAAUACGAGACACUUACUCAUACAACAAGCGAGAGAGGAACUUACAUAAAUAAUUUCCAUCUUUAAAAGAAAUAUUCGAAUAAGCUAGACAAUAUAUAAUUUUUUUGGGGAAGAAAUAAGAAGAAAAAUACUAUUAGAUGAUAAAAAACCAGAAAAACGUGAUAUCGACAUCUUAAUAGAUAGUAGAACUAAAAUAACACUCACACAUAUAAGAAUAAUUCAAAGUAGCUCUCGAUCAUUUUACUUUUAUUUCGGGUAUUAGACAAAGUUCUAGCGCUACUUAAAGCACAAGUCAAUCUCGAGAAAAGAAAAAAAUAAUAAAUUUGUCAAUAUUUCUUGCCUUAAGCAAAGAAUUAAAAGAUUUUAAAGAGUAAAUUCGUGAUAAAUCACACAAAAUAAACCGGCAUCAAGACGUAUUUCCCUACGCCAAGUUCCAACUUAUAUUUACCCUCCUUUAUAUCACCUCCUGACGUUUACAAUCCUUUACUCAAUACCACAUCUCAAUCAUAUCAAUAUCAACCCGUUUAUUACAACUCUAUCAAUAUAAUCACUCAAUCAUUAGCUAACGCAAAUCAUAAUAGUGUUGUUAUUGAUAAUAAUCAAACAAGUGUAAGAAUUAGUAAUAAUAACAACAAUAAUAAUUUUUGUGGCUAUUGCAUACCGUCACAAAAUUCACAAGAUCAUCAGCAUCAAGACCUGUUACCAUCAAUUGUGGGAAAUCAUUUUCAAGAAAUCAUUACAAGUGAUUGUUUGAAGCAUCAGAAUUUUAUUAAUAACAAUAAUAUAAGUGAAUUAUCAACCAUAAGUAGCAGCGGAGACAUUUUUCAAAAGGAAAUCAUGAGAGGUAGCGACGAAUUAUUAAGUCAAACAGCAGUCAUGGCUCCAGCAGCAGAUAAUAACAAUCAAGAUCUAGCAACAAAAAAGGCGAAAUUAGAUUCUAACACGGUUAUAGGAGGUGUGGGUAAACCGUCAAGAGUAAUACAUAUAAGAAACAUACCAAAUGAAGCUAGUGAUGCCGAAGUAAUAAAUUUGGGAUUACAAUUUGGACGUGUUACAAAUGUUUUGGUAUUAAAAGGAAAGAAUCAAGCAUUUUUAGAAAUGGCAGAUGAAAUUUCAGCUACAGCAAUGGUUUCAGUUUUCAAUACAACACCGCCCACGGUUCGAGGACGUACUGUAUAUGUACAAUUUUCUAAUCAUCGUGAAUUGAAAACUGACCAAAAUCAUUCAAUUACUACACCAGCAUCUGGAUCUCCUUUGCCACUAGUAGGAGCUGAUCCAACUUCUCAACUAGUGUCGACACCACAAUUAAAUGGAACGAGUGGUGGCGCCAAUACUGUUCUCAGGGUAAUUGUAGAGUCGUUAUUAUAUCCCGUAUCACUCGAAAUACUUCAUCAAAUAUUUCAACGCUUCGGAAAAGUACUGAAAAUUGUGACAUUUACAAAAAAUAAUUCAUUCCAAGCCCUUAUACAAUAUCCUGAUGCUCAAACUGCUCAACAUGCCAAACAAACAUUAGAUGGACAAAAUAUUUACAAUGGCUGUUGCACAUUGCGAAUCGAUAACAGCAAGUUAACAGCACUCAAUGUUAAAUACAAUAAUGACAAAUCACGUGAUUUUACGAAUCCUACAUUGCCAGCUGGUGAGCCAGGAAGUGAUUUGAUUGCAAGCGCUGGCGGUUUGGUUAAUGCCAGUGAUCUUCUUCUGUUGGCAACUGGACAACGUCCGACAGCACUUACGCGCGAACGACUAGUUAAUGGAUUAGGAUCGGCAGGUGUUAUGCCCCCAUUCACAAUUGGUCUUGGUGCCCCAGGUCUUGCAAGUUAUGGCAGUGGAAUUCCAAGCUUGGGAGCUUUUGCUUUAGCAUCAACUGGUGCUUUAGGUUCAAAUAACCCUGGUGCUUUACGUGGAUUAUCAAACGUCUUGCUUGUGUCCAAUUUAAAUGAAGAGAUGGUCACGCCUGAUGCUCUUUUUACCCUCUUUGGUGUUUAUGGUGAUGUACAACGGGUAAAAAUCCUCUACAACAAAAAGGACUCUGCAUUGAUUCAAAUGGCUGAACCGCAUCAAGCAUAUUUGGCAAUGACACAUUUAGACAAGUUGCGCAUUUGGGGAAAGCAAAUUCGUGUGAUGGCAAGUAAGCAUCAAGCCGUUCAACUCCCAAAAGAAGGACAACCUGAUGCUGGAUUAACAAGAGAUUAUUCACAAAAUCCAUUGCAUCGUUUCAAAAAGCCCGGUAGUAAGAAUUAUCAGAACAUUUAUCCUCCAUCAGCAACAUUGCAUUUAAGUAACAUUCCAGCUACCGUAACUGAAGAUGAAAUCAAAGAAGCAUUCUCAAAAAAUGGUUUUGAAGUUAAAGCAUUUAAAUUUUUCCCGAAAGACCACAAAAUGGCAUUGCUUCAACUCGGCUCUAUUGAAGAAGCUGUCCAAGCUCUUAUAAAAAUGCACAACCAUCAGCUAUCUGAAUCGAAUCAUUUACGUGUCAGCUUUUCAAAAUCAAAUAUCUAA